UCUCGUGGGAUGAUACAAAGGUGCACCGUGAUCAAGUCAUCAAUGCAUAUCGUGCAAGCGGUCUUAUCAUCACCUCAGUUGUCACACAAAUGCCCGCAAAAAAAGUCGACUAUCCGCAAUGCCGCCAAUGAGGAGGCGGAGAGAAAGGAGCGCAAGCGUCAACAGAAUCGCAUUGCACAACGUACAUACAGGCAAAAUCAGAAAGAGCGGAUUCAGAUCCUCGAGACUGCUAUAGCACGGAACAACAACGCUCACCACGAUCUGACGAGUCUUGGCUUAGAGACUCCGAUGACCUCAACCAUGCCGGCCCUUGGUCUGGAGACCCCGAGAACGUCGACCAUCGCCGAAACGACACAGACGCAGCUUUUCCAAGACCCGCUGCUCCGCCGAGGAUCGUCAUCGAAGAGCUCUGUUCACAACGAUCACAAUAUCCAAUCCGGAGACGAGUUCAGUCCCGGCGCGAUGUUCGGCGACGGACGUUCUGCUCUGCAUCGAGCAAUAUCGUUGGACAAUGGUCCCAUGACGGUCCUCCUACUUGACGAAGGCGCGGACAUCGCUAUUCAAGAUGCGGAAGGCAAUACACCAUGACACCUGGCGGCGGAGACGGGCAGUGACAUAAUGUUGAAUUUGCUGCUGGAAAGGUUGGCGGAUCCCGGAGCAACUGACUUUUUGGGAAGGACAGCACUUUUCUCGGCUGU